AUGACUGAUGAUAAAAUGCUGGAUGAUGGACCCUUAGGUCAGAUGGCAUUCAACAUGCUGCUGAAACUCUUGCAUAGUACUACUGGUGUUUAUUUGGCUAAAGUUGUCAAGACAUCUAGUUGCCAUUUUCUCCCCUACUGGUACACUGCCUGGAAGAGGCAAGCAGAGGAGAAACUGGCCAGCUGUUCACCAGCUCUUCACACUUGUGCACUAGCAUCAUUGGACACUGUCACUGUUACCGUCCUCUUGGAUCCAACCUGGCCUGAUGGCAGCAAUGUCUCGGUCUUACCCAAAUUCUACAUGGAGGAUGAAAACCUGAAGAUUCUGCUCCGAUCUGCUUUGGAAAUGAUCAGGCACUUGUGGUUUUGGAAAGAGAAAGCCAUUUUAGUAGUGAGCUGGAGUGGCAUACAGAUGGAACGGUGUAUUUUUGGAUUCUAUUGCUUAGUUCUUAUGGACCCAGGGCAAGUUUGGACCGGAACACUUAAUCCUCAGAAACGUGAGUCAGAACUGCAGUUGGCGGUCAAAGACAAUACCACUUUAGGUCCCAUCUUGGAGGACACAAUUGUAGCCCCCACAGAGUCCAUCUCUGGGGGAGAGCGGUGCCUUGGUUAUUAUGAUGUCAUGGGCCAGUGGGAUCCUCCGUUUAACUGCAAUUCAGGGAUCUACAAUUUUUGCUGUGGAACUUGUGGCUACCGCUUCUGCUGUCAAUUCACAAGUGGGAAACUUGAUCAAAGUGGUUGUUCGAAUUAUGAGACACCAGAAUGGGUCAACACAGGCCAACCACCACCUCGAGUAGAUGAGACUCCUCAGAAUCCUACCAAGGACAAGACCAACAUGAUUGUAUACAUUAUUUGUGGUGUGGUGGCCAUCAUGGUGCUGGUGGGUAUCUUCACCAAACUGGGACUGGAGAAAUCCCAGAGCCCUCAAGCUGAGAUUCCCAUGUCCAGAACACUCACAGAUCUUCUAAAGCAACCUGGACAUAGCUCAUCCGAUCACUUGCCUGAUGGCCAUAUCAGCAGUGUGCAGGUCCAGAUUGGUGAUAGCCUUUCUCGGGGAUCUCCCUCAAGUAACAAAGAUCAGAAACACCUGAACAAUGCUGUGAUCAACUCCUCCACAGCCUCACAGAUUGGGCUGUCACACUCACAUAACAAUCAGCUGCAAAUGACAAGUGUUUUGCCUAACCAGGCUUCAGAUUAUGCCAAAUAUGCCACUCUCAAGGCUGUAGAAAGCGCCCCAGAAGAAUUCUACAAGAGGUUUCCCAUGGUGGAGAUGCCAUCAUCAGGCACCUUGUCAUUUUCUCCCCUAACACUUCAUCGAAAUGAUCUCCCACCUUUUCCAGAAGGCACGGCUCUCAUUGGCUUGGGGACACCAGGACAGAAAACUAAAGUGAUGAAAACCAAUGCAGGCAGCCCUGUCUUCAAAAGGGGCUGGGAUCACAGCCAUCCUGAAUUUCGACGACAAGCUUAUGCCACCAGGCGUCAGUUCAGUAUUGAGAAGCUGCCUGAGGUCUUCAGCCAAACCCCCACUCAUUAUGAGCAGCAACAACGGCUUUUUUCCACUAAUAGCAAGACUGAGGUCACUGUCUAGAAUGGAUUUAUUGUUCAUUCCUAUAUUCUUCCCUUUGAAGCAAUUGGUGAAGUGGGGUCUGACAGCUUGGAAUGAAGUUGCUUCACUCAAGUGUCACUCCUAAAUCUGGAAGGAAACAUAGAAGAUAUAGAGAAAAGUAGAAUGCUUGUCAGAGCUGAUGAUUGUCUACAAUUGUAAUGGAACUCAUCCGUUCAAUUAGGCCAAUUUGACAAAACUUGGUUAGCAUGCUUGGUGAAACCAGUAUGCCUGUACUACCCUAUUGCUUGAUGUACUGCUAUUGUUCCUUAAUUCACUUUUUCAUCAUAUCAUACCAGAAUCAUCAAUACCAAGAGAAACCUUCAGGACUCUGUUACUGCAUGGAACUCCAUCAAAAGAGGGAAUAUAUUUCUGCCCUUCACAUUCCUACAAUGCUCUAACAAAAGACAAAAAUCACUCAUGCAAUAAUUAAUUGGUACCUUGUGUUUGGACAUUUACUCUAUAUUAUAUUUCUUCUCAAAUUUCUAUGUGGUUAAAUUUCUGGGGGAAACAAAGACAGGAUACAAAUCUAAUAAUAAAUAAAUAAAAAUAAACAGUCUGAAAUGGAAGCAUUAAGGACUGUGAGAAAAUAUAUGCCAUUUCCUUCAUUUUUAGCUCCACUUUUUCUCUCUGUAGCGUUUGCUUUAAUCGUAUUUUAAUAAGUCAUUUUGGGGUUUUGUAUAUAAAUAUUCUAUACAAUGAACAUGGUUUGCAUUCCCUUAAUAUUAUGGGUCUCAUAUUUAAGUGGACGACUUUAGAGGGUUGAAAAGAUCUGGGCAGAACAUAAGGUAUAAUUCCCACCAAAUUAUGAGAUUCAUGUAAAGUAUUUAACAACAUCUUAAUGGCAUCUUGUUAAAUCACAAAAGGCAUGUGUGUGAUCAUAUAAACAAACAUAUUUGUGAACUUAUAUUUGUAACAUCAUAAGUCAUUCCCCAUUGCCCAUAUAUAAAUAUUUAUUUAUUAGCUGUAUAAUAACAAAUUCAAAAUGUUGAUACUUCAGCCACCAUACUUCACUUUAUAUUACUCUAGUUCUUUUUGUUGAGUCUUUUUUCAUGAUCUCUGGACCACCAGAUCAGAUACAAUAUGAUCCACCAGUUGAUGUGUAAUUGGAAUUGUAAUCAUAUUCUGAUGCAUCUUCUAGCAUGGAAGAAGAUCUUUUUAAAUUGAGUUCCCGCUAUUAAAAUACAAAUGCUGAUUUUCCCUGAGAUGCAGCCAAAGGACACCUGUGGUAGAUACCAACUAAGUGCAGCUGUGUCAUGCUGAUUUAAAUUCAGCCAUUGCUCAUUCACUUCUGCUUCCGAAUAUUAUUCUAAGCACUGAUUGCAAACAGACAUGUCAUUAGGAAUUUUACUUCAUCACAUGAUUAAAUCAUUAUGGAUGUCCAAUUUCUUUCCAAACAGCAAAACCUCAUAUUUUCACAAUAUAGCUGCUAUUUUAGAAUUAUUGAUAUCUGGAAUUGAAGUUUUAAUUUGUAUUUUAAACUAUAUUGCUGGAUAUGUGUGUGUCAUCUGUGUGACACAAUAAUGUCUUUUGAUCAUUAUUAUUAUUACUACCCAUUUUAUAGUUUUGUAUGUUAAUAAUUCCAAGACAUGUGUACAAUUGUACCAAAAUCCUGUUCAGCAAUUAAUAUAAAGCCAGAAUUGGCAACUCCUUCAAAUAACUAUCAACAAACUGAGAUAAAAAUUUGUAGCAAAUUAAACUUCCAUGCAGACCAAGUGUUAUGGAGACCACAUCAUCAGCAUUAACUCUAUCAGCAAUUGGAGGGAGGGUGGAAGCAAAGGUGGCCAAGUGUCAGUUAAUCAUAAUUUCUAAGACAGAGACAGUCUUCUGCCAUGUGGAAUCUAGUCUGCUUUUCUUAAAAGCAGGAAAAGGCUCUGUUCUGUCAUACUGGCACUGAAACAUGAUUCACCUGCUAGUCCAAACCGGUUCCACUCAUGAAAAAUGAAUUGUGGGGCAGAAGUUGAGCAAAGAGCAGGGGUGAAAUGCUCCUGGUUCGGACUGGAUCAGCCGAUUCGAUAAUGAUGGUGGUGGGUGGUUCGGAGAACUGGUAGCAAAAAUCUCUGGCCCCCCGCCCAUGCCCACCCAAUCACCUGGUCGCCCACUUGCCGCUUCUUUU